AUCCGUCAGAUGAACUUUUGUUACAUUUGUUUAGCGAAUGCUUGGAUAUCUUUCCUGCUUUACCAUUUGGUAUUAAAUAUCAAAGUAUCCUACUUCAGCUAGGAUUAAAGACACGUUUUAAAUUGACGAAACAUGACUUACAACGAUGUGCAGAAGAUAUCACCUCAAAUUCAAAUGUUAAAAAAGGCAAAGCUUUAUUGAAACUGUUGAAUGAAAAUUCAAAUAUUCUUACUUAUUCCACGGUUCUUGAUGAAAUUGACAAGCAAAUAUAUACAUCUGAAAAAUAUGGCAAAAUGUUUGGCCAAGUCCAAAAACUAACUAGUCGAAUCAGAGAAAUCUUAAAAGGUUACCCUUGUGAUGAUACCAUUUUCAAAGAGCUGUUGCAAAAUUCAGAUGACGCCGGUGCCGACAAAAUAAAUUUUAUAUAUGACCCACGUCAACACCCGAAUGAAAAAGUAUUUUGUGAAUCAUGGAAACAAACACUUGGACCAGCAUUAUGUGUUUUUAAUAACAAACCAUUUACUGAAAGUGAUCUGAAGGGAAUCCAAGACCUCGGAAUUGGCAGUAAAUCGUUUUCUCCAGAUAAGACAGGUCAAUAUGGGAUAGGGUUUAACUCUGUGUAUCAUUUAACCGACUGCCCAACAUUCUUAUCUAAUGAUGAUACCUUGUGUAUUUUUGACCCUCGAUGUGCAUUCAUCGACCAAGCAACCAGAGAGUCACCUGGCUUUCAAUACAACAUUAGUCCACAGGUUAACAAUGCUUUUCGAGACGCCCUUUCUUGCUUCCGAUUAGAAUCUAUCACUAACGCAGGAUGUACAAUGUUUAGAUUUCCUUUGCGCACUACUGAAAUGAACACGUAUGCAAAUUUAAUAGAUCGUGAGUCGAUCAUGAGUGAAGAGUUGUUCGAUGGAAAGAAACUGCAAACUUUACUUCAAUAUUUCGAAUUAGAUGCCUUUGAUAUGCUGCUGUACUUGAAUAAUCUAAAACAGAUUACUAUUUCUCAUAUGGAUGAAAAUAAUAAAAUGUGCACUGAUUACUCUGUAAAAGCAGAACUAUCAGAAGAAGAUGAUAAAAAACGCCAUGAGUUCUACAGCUAUGUAAAAGAAUGUGGAAAUAAGGCGAGAUUAGAAGACAUUAGAAUGAAGGAGGUUACGUACGAGAUGAAGAUUUCCGAUAGCCGAGAUAAAACUGAGAUUUGGUUAGUGAACCAACGCAUAGGAUCAACUCAGGAGAUUCCUAUAAAAAUCUCAUCAUCAUACACUGAAGGAAAUCUCAAACUUCUACCACGUGGAGGUGUAGCAGCACGUCUACAUAGCUCAGAGAAAAGGAAAUCAUUCUUUGCCUAUUGUUUUCUGCCUCUUCCAAUUGAACCAAAGCUGCCUGUAAGUGUGAACGGACAUUUUAGUCUUGAUCCAAGUAGGAGAAAUCUGUCUAAUACUUCUCAAAAUAACGACUGGAAUUUGUUCAUCAUGGGCGAAGUAAUUUCUCAUUCGUACCUAAGACUACUAGAAAAAUUGAGGGACAAAAAAUUUAGAUCAGUCAAUGACAGUAAGUAUCAAAAGUUAUGUACUUUCAAAUCGCUGCACAACAAGAUGAAUUCCUACUGGCGAUACUUUCCAAAUAUACACUCUGUACAUAACGACUGGAAAGAAAUAGCUAAAUGUGUAUUCUUGAAUAUUUGUAGCAAUCAGAUGCCACUGUUCCCAGUCGUGCGACGCACAGAUAACAUAAUAGCUUGCGAAUUGGACGAAACUACGGAAACUAAUUACACGCUAGAAUGGUGUUCAGCCACAGGACCUGCAGAGAAAAAGGCUUAUUUUGAUACCAGGAAUACCAUUUUAAAGAAACCUUCACAAUUGGCAAAUUUAGGAUCCUGGGAUCGUCAUAAAGAGACAAAAAAGAUGCUUUUAAAACCUAUUCUGCAAAACAUAGGUUUCAGAAUUACAAACUUGCCAUAUCAUAUUUAUGAAGGUUUAGCAUCGACAGGAUCACAAUUAACAUCUAAGAAAGAUUUACAACCAGAUGAAGUUAUCAAAAGUCAAUUACACAAGAUUGAACUUGUUUCACCCGAUGCCGUUGUUCAGUUUAUGAGAAAUGAAUUUAUCCCUGGUCCAUUGCCAUGCAAAAUCACAAUGUCGCGUCUCAAAAUUAAUUUGAAUUACUUAGUACUACUUGAAUAUAUUGCCAAUGACGGGAAGUUACGACAAAAUGAAAUUCCAUUAGAUGGUUUGCCACUACUACUCACCCAAGACUCAUAUUUACGAACAUUUGAUAAAACAGAUAACAAAUGCUUUCUUUCAGGAGAGCAUGAAUUAUUACCAGAAUGCUGGAAUGAGUUUGUGCAUGAGAAUACGCUACAUCAUUUCUCAGAGGAGUCAUUACAUUUUAAACACUUAAAGAUUAGCGACCUAGCUGAAAGACUAGAACAUAAUCUACAGCCAAAGUACAAUGCAGAUCAAAAAGUUCCUUGGGACCCAGACAGUGAUGUCAUACCAAAUAAAGCAUGGAUUAAAAAUCUCUGGGAAUUCUUGAAACGCGAGUUUAGUGAUCUUCAAUGUGAUGAUCCAUUUUCUUGUAUCAAAUCACUAAUGGGCAACUGGGCUGUGUUUCCAGUCAAGGUAAAAUCGGGAAAGCAAAAAAUAAAUCACUAUUUAAUGCCAUUUUCUUCAGCUGAUUCAGUGAUUCAUAGCAAUAUAUCAGAUAUUGGCAUUAGAGAUGCAUUCGCUAAGAUGGAACUACCAGAAAUAGAUGAUUCAAUAUUUCAUAAGCCAAAGCAUUUUUUCACAUAUAGGUCAGAAUCCGAUACCACCAUGUUUGUUACACAGUUCAUUGCCACUGUCAGCUCUCCUGAAAGGAUUCUGACAAGUAUAGUUGCUUUGUUAAAUGACAAUGAUAAAGCCUUUGAUGUUUUGACUAGUGAAAACAAGAAAAACAUCUUGUUAUUCUUUGAGCGUGUUAUUGGCACGUCAUUGAACAAACAUAUAGAUAAUUUAAAAAAGUUGCCUUGCUACCUUUCAAUUUAUGAAGAACAUAUCAGUUUGGAUCAAAACAAAAAAUAUUUUGUUCUCCAUUCUAGUAUUCCAGAAAUUGAAAAAGAACAAUGGGUAACUAAUUCAAAAGCUCAGUUCAUUAAAGAAGAUCUUUUGUUGAAAAAACUGCAAACACAUUUAGGAUUGACCACAUGUAACGAAGCGGACGUUUACAAACAGUUUAUUCUACCCUCAUUCGAUAAAUUCAGUCAUAAUGCUAGAGUUGAACAUUUACGGCGAAUAAGAACUCUUCUGCCGUAUUACGAAGAGAAGAAAAGGACAAAAAUGAUCUCUUACAUGGGCCUGAAAGAAACGCCUCUCUUAUCUCACAGAGGCCAGUCAAUCAAAUGCAUUUGUGAAUAUUUUGAAGCGUCCAUCAAAUUAUUCAAAAUUAUGCUAGGACCCGAAAAGUUCUUACCCAAUCCUUUCUGUGACAGUGACUGGAAUGACUUUAUGAAAGAAUUGGGAUUGGUGACAGAGCCUACACCAGAAAAAGUUCUUGAAUUUGCACAGAAAAUUGAACAAAUGUUUUGGUAUGAUAUUAAGAAACAGAAAGAAAAAUCCAAAGCUGUCAUUGACCAUAUUGCGCGUAGUGAAGAAUUAAAAAGUAAUACGGAUUUCUUAAGAAAACUUCGCUGCAUCAAAUUUUUAGUACCGCACACAGUGAAUAAACAUCUUGCAACACUACAUGAACAGUAUAAAGAACAUUCAGUGGGUAGACAAGGAAUAGCAUAUAAUGGUGCUUUAACUUGCAUAAAUGAGCAUCUUGUUUGGACAAGUGCAACUAUAUUACCAGAUUAUGCCUUUCCUUACUUUUACCCAUCAAAAAAACGACUGGCAUUCAGUCAAAUUUUACCAACAUUGAAUGCAUCUAAAACACCAUCUGUUGAUAUUGUUCUUAGACACAUAAAAAAUCUAUGCACUAAUCUGAAGGCUGAAUAUAGCCAGUCUAAGAGAUCAGUAAGUAGAGCAAAGUCUGUUGAAUGUAAGGAUACGUUGCAUCGUGUAAUGAACGAUAUUUAUGAGAUUUUAUGCAAAAAAUUGGAAAACCCUGUUUUUAGUGAACAGAUAGUGAGAGAAAUAAAUGAUAAGUCUAUUAUGCUUGUCGAUGAGGACGAAUGUUUGAUAAAAUGUGAAUUCACAGUGAAAAAAAUAAAAGCAGGACUUGUUCUAAAGCCGUAUAUCUACCAGGUACCAGAAUGCUUUGCCCAAUACAUGGAGCUCUUCAGUCGCCUUGGUGCUCAGGAAAAACCUUCCGUCUGGCAGUGUUGUCAACUUCUGACGAUGAUUCACAAAGACAUUAGGCACGAUUCAUUUGGUACAAAUCCAAAUUUGAAGCUUAUGAUCAAAUUCGCUGUUCGCAAAAUCUUUAAGUCAUACCUGAUAAAAGAUUGGUUAAAAGAUAUUACAAUUUUGUACCUACCAAAUCGAAGUUGCCAACUCAUCACGUCAAGUAGCUUGAAUUACUAUGAUAAGCCAAUGUUUGAAGUUCGAAUGAAGGAGAAAAAUGAUAGGAAUGUUCUAAUUGAUCUUAAAAAAGAGGUAGAAUUGGAGAAAGAUGCUACUGAAUAUAUUCAAAAAAUGCCGAAACAUCUUCAACCGUGUGCAUUUAGCCAAAAAGUCGAAGAGAUCAUGAGUACAAAACCAGAGGAAAAUAUGUGUCGAUAUGCCAAGGAAGGACUUUGCGAACAAUUAAACAUCAUUAGACGUAAAAUUCAAUCUAAAAAAUUUCAAUAUGGUUUUCAUCGUCUUAUGAAGCACGAAGCAAAUAUGAAGGGUAUAAAUCUUCCCGAACAUAUUCGUGCCAAUGUUCCAGCGUUAUCAAAAGAUUUGUCCAUCCAGUGUCUAAAAGAGCUUAAGACAUGCCUUGUGGAAUCAAAUGUGAUAAAAGAAGGGAGCACAGUCCAAAAACAGUGUUUCCUUGUAGAUGCAGAUCGUGCACAUAAGACAAUUUUUAUCAGACACCAAGAUUCAGGGAAAUACAAUCUUCUAAUGUUAGAGCUGGCAGUCAUUAUCUCUGAACUUAAUGGAGAGCUUAUUAGUGACGUGAUGACCUUGGCGAUGAUGAUUUUCUGUGACCUAAAUGAAAUACAGACACUAUUAAGUUACCGUAAUAUCUCUGACGCUCAUACACCAGAAUGCAUGUCUUCGCCAGACUUGGGAUCUGAAUUAACAGAUGAUUUAGUUGAAUCUCUUGAUAACGAUCCAUUUAAUGAGUUCACACCUGGAGAAAUUGUUGUAUAUGAACUCGGCAAAGCAGGGGACGAAGUGUACAUCUAUGCAAAGAUUUUACGACAAAUCAUCCGUACAGAUUCAGAAUUGAACACAAUCAGCAUGAUGUAUGAAAUAGAUAUCGGACGUUAUGCCAACAUAGAAGUAAGUGCAUUACAUCUUUACAAGUGGGUGCUUGGUCAUUCUAGAACAGACAUAAACCAUCAUGAAGAAAUGGCUUUGCAGGCAAUGGUGAACAUGUCGAUUCGAUCUGAUAGUGAACGUGCAGCUCCAACGCAUCGACAAAGAGCAUCCACACCUUUGCUCACUGAAAAUCUGGAGGAAACCAAAAAUAUAGUGUCUGACAAAUUAGAAGUGAUUUGGAGACUAGGUGAAUACGACAGGAAAAAAGCAGUCAAGCGAAUGUACUUGCAAUGGCAUCCAGAUAAAAAUCCAGGUAGAGAGGAGUUUUGUAGUGAAGGUUUCAUGCAUCUGCGAAAUGAGAUACAUCGUCUAGAAAAUAGACUUCCUAGGCAACGGACAAAUGCAGCAACACGGGCGAAUUAUAAUUUUACGGAAUCCGGACGAUGGCAUGAAUCCUACACACAAUGGGAUCAAAGAGCCGAUAGGGAUAGAAAGUCGCGUGAAUUUUAUGGUUCCAGUAAUGGACAUACCUCUCCGUCGCCGGACAAAGCAAAAAUAUGGCAGAAACAAGCACGAGAGGACCUUUAUGCAGCAGAUAACGAUAUUAAUGGAUAUCCAAGCUAUGAAUGGGUAGCUUAUAAAUGUCUACAGGCCGUGGAGAAAUCGAUGAAAGCUGCUAUACUAUCACAUACGGGAGAAAAUUCCUUUACGCAUGAUAUUAUCUCGUUGUCAAUUACUGUAUCAGAUCUACCAGGGUGUCCCAAUGAUCUACGUAAGCACGUGAAUGAACUUUGCGCCCAUGGCAAGGACCAAAUUAUAGCGCGAUACCCUCGAUUACUCAAAGUACCACAUGAUCUUUUCAAAAGUAAUGAUGCAAAUAUUUGUAUCUCUAAUGCAAAAGCAAUUUUAGAAAUGAUGGAUAUUGUAAUUGUUUCUUAGUAAACUAUUUUAAUUGCCUGCUGAAUCAGGCGAUAACAAAUCCAUUUUAUGGUAAUUCUUAUUAUCGUGAUGAAAUAGAUGAGGACAAUAACUGGAGAUCGUGGGUUUGAGUCUCACCCGACAACAACUUGAAAUUUUUGUUUGGUGUUUUCACACAUAGUCAGUUUUCAAUACAUUUUCAUGUGAAAAAUACACCUAUAAACACAUUUUAGUUACUAUAAAAUUUCUAUUUAGAUGCUACUACCUGCAUUGAUGUUUCCUAUAAACUAAAUUGAUCAAAUUCACAUGCACAUAAAUCGGUCCUAUAUGAAGUUAUUGUUUGUUUAAAAUGUUUAUAUCCUAUAGUUCCGAGUGUUUUAGUAAAUAGGGCAUACCAUGAAUAUACAUACAUACAAACAGACUUUUUUAUUUUAAAAAUUAGUACAAAAAGAACUAAACUGUUUUUGAUAAAGGAAGUAAUAUUUUAUUGCAUAGUUUAACGUAUUAUGCAUUACUUAUUAUUUUUAUAUAUCUACUGAAUUAUGGAAUCAUACUAAAAACAACUUUAAAUCUAUGACACUUUCAAAUUUAAGCAUUCUAUUUCUAAUCCUCAAUAAUACCAUCUUAAUUUAACCUAAAUUUUCUUUUACCUUGCAUAUCCAUAUUUAUUAUUUAAAUUUUUUAUUUUUCUUAAGUUUCUUUCAAUGUUCCUUUUAAAUCUAUUUUAAUUUGUAGUUAAGUUAUCCAUCUUUUUUGGUUACCAUAUGUAUAUAUCUGCUUUUAAAAUUUUGUAGUUAAGAUCUGAACCACUUUGGAAACCAGUACUAUGUAUUGAAAUUGUAUAUUCAGUAUAAAGAAAGAAUAAAUAAAUAAAUAAAUAAAUAAUGUACCCUGGUAAUAUCCUGUUUUCACAUAAUAUACAAAUAUAAAUCUAUAUCAAUUUUCAUAUUAUUUCUAGAGUAACUUAUUUAAAGAAUAUUAAUUUAGAAAAAUAUAAAUUUAAACACAUGCAUGGAUAUUCUUCUGACGUUUUGUUUAUAAGCCAAGAGAGCUUGUGAUUAAUGUGUCCUCUGUACUCUAACCAUUACGUAAAGUCAACCAAAUUCACUUUUAUUCAUGCACAGUCCUAAGUAGGCCUAUAUUCGUCAUUGAAGAUCAUAUAUUCCUUAUUUUAUUUUCUUGGAUUAACGUAUUAUGAGACACAUUAAUGUGCAUCAACGUGAAGUUUAAUAUUAGAUUAUUAUCGAAAUUUAGUUAUUUUAGAAAAAUGAAUAGUAUGCUAUAUUUUUAAGUGCUUCUUUAAUUUUAUAUCCUAUACCUAUCUAGUGAUUGAUAACUACUGUUUGUUUUAUGAUAAAAUAAUAAUUAUAAAUUCGUAUUGGCAACAGGCAUCGAUGAUAAAAGAGGUAAAGCAGUAGAUAAUGAAUUGCGUACUAUACUUACAUUUAUGAUUGACUGUUACAUUGUUUAGAUUAACAUGAUUUUUUUAGAACAAAUGUUAAUAAUUCAUUCGUUUAUAAUACAUAGGUCCACGAAUAUGAAUGGUAGGCAAAUGUAAAUAUACGUGCAGUGUUAUACUAGAUUGCUAUCUAUACGGUAGUGAUUUAUACUGUUUGUUUUGUGAUGCAUAUACUUACACAAUUGUUUUGUAAACCCAUUUUUAAAAGAGGCAAGAAAAAUAAUUAGAUUUGAAAACAUGUUGUAUAUACGUUUUUGAUUGACGGGUACUUCAUAUAUGAUAGGCCCAUAUAAUCAUGCGCUGCCAUUAUGACCAUAUUUAAGUGUGUCGCAUUGUUUUGUCUAAAUUAAAUUUGAUAGUUUAGAAAGGGGUAGGCAACAUGAUAAGAACACACCUAAUGAUUGGUAAAUGUCACUAUAAAAGUUUACAGUUAUAGUUAUUGGUUUAUCCUGUGUAUAUCUUUAUUAUUAACCAAAAAAAAAAGAAAAGAAAUCUGUGCAGUCUUUAGCAGGCUUGCAUACUUUCU